UCUCGUUGUUGAAUUUUAAUUCCUAGUUCCAUCAGGCCACAACUUUGAAUAAUUUUGAUUGGCUGCGGUAACUGAUUUUCACAAUUUUCCGAAUUUCAAAUGGAAUUUGCUCGUGAGCUCAGUUGAGAGACGCGUUCGCGGCGAUAACGAAACGUCAGAAACGAUCGCAAUUGACAAGCGUGUUGGAUCGUCCGCUGUUUACAGUCAGUUCAGUCCGAUGCGUAGACGUGUCGUAUACGUGAUGUUAGCUCUUUGCGGCCUGCUGUUCGCUGGCCUCGCCGGCUGGUUGCUGGUCUCAAUGAACGCUUUGGCGGAUGCAGCUGUGCCAAUGUCAACGGUGACAGUGGACCUUGCUGAUGGACAGGGCGCCGUCCGUGGCAAUUUCGGACAGACGACCUGGACGGGUCAAAGUUUUGUGCAAUUUCGUGGUAUACCCUUUGCCGAAGCGCCCAUCGGAGAUCUGCGUUUUCGUCCACCUGUUGCUCGCUCGCCCUGGACUGAGACACACGAUGCCUUGGACUUUGGACAACGCUGUCCGGUGAUAACUAAUUUGGAUGCUCAGACGCCGGAGGCUCAGCUAGAGGAUUGCCUAAAUCUAUGCGUCUACACAAAGAAUCUAACGGCUCGUCAGCCAGUGAUGUUUUAUGUUUAUGGCGGCGGCUAUUACAAUGGCUCCUCGCAGGAUCAUCCGCCAAACUAUUUGCUGGAACGUGAUAUCGUCUUGGUGGUGCCACAUUAUCGCGUCGGCGCCUUGGGCUGGCUGUCAACAUACACCGAGGAGCUGCCUGGCAAUGCGCCCAUUGGCGAUAUACUAUUGGCAUUAGAGUGGGUGCAGCAACAUAUUCACAAGUUCGGCGGCGAUCCCAGUCAGGUGACCAUAUUCGGUCAGAGUGCUGGGGCGGGCGUGACCAGUGCCUUGCUCCUGAGUCCACGCACCUCUGUCAAGCAUUUUCAACGUGCAAUUGUGCAGUCCGGCUCGAUAUUCGCCACCUGGGCGAUUACUAAAGAUCCAGCUGGACAGGCUCAGCGAAUUUGCACCGCAUUGGGCUGCCAACGAUGCGACGAGCAGGAGCAGCUGUUACGCUGCGUGCGUGCGGCUUCCGUUGUGGAGCUGUUGCAGGCCACCAAAACGGAGAGUUUCUCACCUAUUGUAGGAGAUCUGCAAGGCAUUUUGCCAAACAACCCAGAGGAGCUGCUCAAGGACUAUCAGCGUGCUGUGCCGCUCAUGACGGGCUUCACACGACACGAUGGCUCCUUCGUGCUCGCCUCGUUUUACGAUGAAGUUACAGCCAAGAUCUCGAAUAUCAGCGCUCUGAGCGUGCGUCAGUUCUCGCAAGCCAUAGUCGACAUGGCCAAAGACGGAACGGGCUUGGCAGAUAAUUUGCUUUAUCGUCUGCUCUAUACGCCGCAGCUGUUAGAAAGUCACGCCCACAGAGACGCUUUGCCCGCCUAUUUUGACCUCACAUCGAUAAUUGCCAUGAAGUCGCCGGUCAUCAGCCUGGCCACCAAGCUGCAUACACGUCAGCCAGCUGCUCCUGUGUAUGUCUACAGCUUCGAGUACGAGGGUCAGCAUACGCGCUUCGGCUACGAGUUUGGCAACUCGCAUUAUCCGUUUAAUGGUGGAGCGCAUCAUUCGGACGAUAAUAUUUAUCUGUUUGCCACGCAUCCGCUGCAGGAGCAGGACACGUUGAUGGCUCAGAACAUGGUCGAAUUGUGGACAUCGUUUGCCAUCAGCGGAGUGCCCAAGAAUCUGAACGCUUUAACUAGCCCCAGUGGACCCUAUAAUCGCCUGGGACUACACAUAACCGAAGAUGACGAUUUGCUGAAGACGCUGACAGCCACGAUUGAUGAUCCAGAUAAUGGACGUUUACAGCGCACAAAUGUGGAGUUUUAAAAUGUUGUCAAGGUGCAUGGUAAAAGGGGCUUUAUAUUAUAGUACAUUUGUAGAAUAUUAUUUAGAUAAAAAAUAUAUUAGAGUUGAAUAUAGCUUGAAUAAUAAAAAAAAUUAACCCGUAACGGACUUCGUUCUAAAAUACAAAAGGUUCCAAGCUUCGUUUCUCAUUUAUCAUUAACAUACAUUGAUAUGUUAAGAUAUUAUGAAAUAGUUGUGAUAACUCUUAAUAACAUUUACAGUACCUGUAAAACUAAUACUAUGUUAAAAAGCUGUUAUUAGCAUUUGUAUGCUAUGUUAUCUAGCUGUAAAUGUAAGUGGCGAGCUGUUAUGUGAGCAUUUAACACACAUACUUCGUCUUGGGGCAUUUAAUCAGCCAUAGUAGAACUUUUAAAUAUGACAAGUGAAUUUGUAUCACUUUAAUAGCGUGAAUAUACUUAUAACAAGUUCAUAUAUAGUAUAAAGACAGCUAGACAGAUAGACGAACAUGUCUUUCCCGUAUAAUCUAAUCGAAUCUAAUCUUAACUUUCCUUCACAACUACUAGAUUUAGAAGCUUAAUUAGGCACCCUUUUAGAUUUUCAUAAUUUUCCCAGAAUUUACUAAUUCACUUGCCUAUGCCUCAUAGCAGCUGUGAUAACAAACGAAUAUUGGGAUUAUGUACUCUUUAACAUGAUGUGAACUUGUUUUUACCUAAGUAAA